AUGAGCUACCAGUCUCUCUCGCAAGAAUACCGAUCAUUAUGGGAGGACCGCUCAGGAACGACCGAGCUGGAGACCGCCGCCCCUCCAAACCUCGAUUCUUCCUCGAAGGAUGAUAAAGAACAGAAAAAAGUUACAGGCCAAGAGGAUGUGUCAUUGAAACGUCCCCUGAAAAGGUUCUUGGCCCAGCCAAUCGAAACCUCUUCACGAAGUUUUAAUAUCACAACGACCAGAUCAACUCCCGAAAGUAGAAAUAGUUCGGACAAGAGCCAUGGCCUCUCUCACAAACAUGAAUAUCAAACCGACGGUCAACCACGUCGAAGAAUAUUACCUCAGCCGAUUGAAACAAUCACGGGCAGCCGCCGGGGUCCGCUGCGACCGCAAGAAGAGAAUCAAUUCCCUAUUGCUACUGGGCCAAGAAGAUUUAAACCCGACUUGAUUGGAACAGAUCACCGCUCUGUCAAAGGCCAACCCGGAGAUACCACUCGUCUCAAUUCUCGGGAUAUUGCUGUAGAAUCGUUGGGUUCUGCUUCGUGGUUAAGCCGUCGACGAAAUACCACCCCACAUCCCACUGAGUCAAAGUUCUCGUAUGCAAACCUCCUUCGUCGUCAAGAAAUACGAAGGCAUUCCUUCCGUGUUCCAGAUCUGCCAUCUAUCCCGUCAAACAGCAGCGAAGGCUCUGAAGGAUCUGCCGGCUCACCCAUGUCGUCAUCCCCAACCAGCCGGUCCCAGAGAGUCACGGAUAAAAACCUACAUGCAUUGCUUCGAGAAAGCUUUGAUGGGGACCUUUCCGAGCACUUACUUUCUCUGGCCGCUCGUUCAGCUCAAAGGCAGUUGAAGGACCAGACUUUAGCGGCUUUUCCCAAUGAACAAGUAUACGAGUCAGUAAAUCAUUUUGGCAUUGAGGAUGACGAGGGUGACUCGGAAGACCAGAACUCCAUGUACCCUUCAAAGCAUCAUUUGAAAUCUCGACGGCAGUCAUCGGCGGAUCUUUCUUGGGAAUUGGAGUAUAUGCGACAGCACAAAGAGGAAGCGGAACAGCGUCUGAGGGCGAUGGGUACCUCGGGUAAGCCUAAAUCGGCACCGAUUAAAUCGAGCCCUGAACCAAAGAAUUUGGGCCCAAGCCCUCCUAUGCUCGGGGGUGACAUUGUCCUGCCAUGGAGCCACUCCCCUGAUGGGACGCUCUGUGAAAAUACAAGCACCAGCAAUGAAUCCCCCCAGACAGCUGAAGAUCGUUGUAUUGGCUGUGGGGGUCUCUGGUGCGCGGAUGACCAAGCAGAUGGCGGGCGAGGGGCAGGGUUAUGGAUGGGUACCUGUCGCAAGACUGAUGGCCCCGAUCGGGAUUCGCAUCUCAUAUCUGGCAUAAUGACUCCAAUGAUUCAAGAUUACGAGAUUGAGUCAAAUGCUAGCCCUCGGCCCAAUGUUCCCUCAAGUCAAAAGGAUGAUAAAGGCCUACUGAGGUCCCAAUAUGGUGCUAGUGAUGCUAGUCCCAAGCUUUCUCAAAGCCUAGAUGAUGAAUUUCAUGAUGGUUUCGUCACACAAAUUUACAAUUACCUAUCGCUGGGUUACCCCUGCGUGGCGCGUUACUAUGACUAUGAAUUAAGUCGAAUUUCCGGGAUCAACGUGGAAGAUCUUCGACGAGAUGAUGUCCAAACUAAUGCAACGGGCUAUGUUGUUGCCCCCGAGAACAAUAACAAUGCAGUGGCUUGCAUGCGAUGGAAGGCUCUUCGUCGCUACAUUCGGGAAUGGGCUCGGCAACAGCCCAGCAUGGCGGAGGAUGAAAAUGGCCUAGACGCUUGGGGAGUGCCUGAACGUAGAGGUAGCUGGGCUAUUUGA